CAACCUAUAAAUACAACACAUUAAUACUUCAAUUUCCAACAAAAAAAUAACUUGUUCACACCAAGUUCCAAACCUCAAGAACAAAAAACACACAUUUCUAAGUAUGAGUCUGAAACCUCUAAACAUGUUACUCGUUCCAUUUCUUCUGCUUAUUCUCGCGGCUGAUUUUCCUUUGAAAGCAAAAGGAUCACUACUACCAUUCAUAGAUUCUCCCAACACUCUCUUAUCGGAUCUCUGGUCUGAUCGUUUCCCAGAUCCGUUUCGCGUCUUAGAACAAAUUCCCUAUGGAGUUGAGAAACACGAACCAUCCAUAACAUUGUCACAUGCUAGAGUAGACUGGAAGGAAACUCCAGAGGGACAUGUGAUAAUGGUGGACGUGCCUGGGUUGAAAAAAGAUGAUAUAAAGAUAGAAGUGGAAGAGAAUAGGGUGCUAAGAGUGAGUGGUGAGAGGAAGAAAGAAGAAGAUAAAAAAGGAGAUCAUUGGCACAGAGUUGAAAGAUCUUAUGGAAAGUUCUGGAGGCAGUUUAAAUUACCUCAAAAUGUUGAUUUGGAUUCUGUCAAAGCUAAAAUGGAAAACGGUGUUCUUACUUUAACUCUUCAUAAGUUGUCGCAUGAUAAGAUUAAAGGUCCUAGAAUGGUUAGUAUUGUGGAAGAGGAUGACAAACCAUCUAAGAUCGUCAAUGAUGAGUUGAAAUAAUUAUGUGAUUUGUACUCAUAAAAAUGAAAAAUGUUUUUUCAUUGUGUUAUUUGUGAAUAAAGGAAUGUUACCUAUGAUAUUGGUUGUUUGUUGUAUGUCAACUAAAGAGUGCUGUAAAGGCUUGUUAAUUUCAUAGUGAAUAACUUGUUGGCUUUUGUGUUUUUUUA